GUUCAAAUGAUUUUAAUAAAGAGAAUUCUUACACAAUAAUUCAAUAAAUUUUAAUAUACAAUCUGCAUGUCACACUUGUGUUGAACAAUAAUGUGAUUGCCCACAGUCUGUUCACCUGGGAUGUGAGUGGGGACAAAUCUGAUCCAGGGCAGCUACACCUCAUGCUUCAGGCUCAUUGCUGGUGUCCAUCAGGGUGAGGCAGAAAGCAGAAUUCCUCUAACAACUCUCUUAAUUCUUAAACUAAUAGCACAGCUCUUCCCAGACUCUUAAAGCUGGCUCCCUUUCCUUACUAGCAGUUAUAGAUGGUGUGGGGGUGUGUGUGUGUGUGUGUGUGUGUGUGUGUGUGUCCGUCCCUACAACGUAAAACGCCACUGUGCUUAAGUCCCGCCUUCACCUAUGUGUGUGUUCUUCCUGGCCUUUUAUGGGUUACAGAGCUCUCCUCCUGUGAAGCUGAGCUCCCUCCCUUGCUGCUGCCCUGCUCCUGGCUCUGUCUCAGCCCCCUCCCCCGAUAUUUUUAGUGCUGGGGGCGGCAGGUGAGAGGAGAGGGGCACAGGCAGGGGGAGAAGUGAGGCCCUGGCCUGGGUUCUGGCAGCAGGGCAGGAUUAACCCCUUGCUCCAGGGCUGGGUCUCUGCAGGCUCUGCAAGGAAACCUGAGCUGCACAACACCAGGGCCCCCAGCCAGGGGAAGGCUGAGGCUGCCAAGCUCUGCUGCACGUGGGCGUAGGGGGGAAUGUAUCAAGUGGUUUCGCUGCGUGUGGUCCUUUGCUCCACAGUGGUGCAGGGAUACUAGGUGCCUAGGCUCACAGUGAGGCUGCAGCCCUUUCCCAUUCCUUCUGCCUGGGUGGAGGUGGGGGGGGGCACAGCUGUUACUGCACUAAAACCUGCAAGCAGCUAAGUGAAAGUGCUGCCAGCACAUCUGUGCAGAACUGCGCUGCCUUGUCCCUAUAUCUGGAGGGCCAGUGUGUCUCAGGGUGCUGAGGCAGAGAUGCCUUCAGUACAGUAGCAUGGCUUGGGGAGCCACACACAGGCUGGUGACCGCUGUGCCGUGCAGAGACGGGAGGUGGUGCCACUGCCACAAGGCUGGGCCACACAGCCUGCUGCCAUGCUCCUGGGAGCAGUGGGAACCACUGCAGAGAGGGAAGGCUUUCCUAUUUCCAUCUCAGCAGAGUGGUGGAUUUUCCUCUAUAAAUAGUUGCUGCAAAGAUCGUGGAGCUCCAGCAGGGUGACAGACCUGCUGCCAGGGCAGCUGAGGCAGGAAAGGAAACUCAUCGCAGCUGUCCUGGGUCUCCUGCUACCCUGCAGCCAAGGUUGUUCCCAGAAACGGUGCUGAGAUCUGAUACGUUGCUCCUCAACACAUCUAUCCAGUGUUGCAGAAAAGUUUGGUUGGCCCAAGGACAACCCUCCCAAGCAGUGCAGACUAAAAGGAGAGCAGGACCAGCUGGUAUCUCACUUUUGGGAGCUUCCAGCACGAGCCAGAUGAUGAGAGGAGUGGCAUCCCCUGCUUCCUGAGCUGCAUGGAGUACAACGCUGGAGAUUGCACUGCACAUACUGCACAUCCCAGUUCUCCACUGCUUCUGUCCCCUCUCACCAGGACCUGCUGGGGCACUGCCAUGGAAGAGCAGGUGCAUGAGGAUGUGCCGGAAGUGCAGCACACAGGAGGCCACCACCCAGUGCGGGAAGGAGAGGUGUUCAACGCACGAUACCAGGCUCUGCGUGAGCUGGGCUCUGGGGCCUUUGCUACUGUCUGGCUGUGCCAGGACAUGAGAAAGAAGAAGAAUGUAGCUGUGAAGGUCCUGAAGAGCAGGGAAGGCUUUGCUGAGGCUGCCCAGGAUGAGCUGUCUCUCCUCCGAUGUGUGAACAAUAUGAAGAAGAAGGAUCAAGCAGGAGAGAACAUUAUCUGUUUAUUAGAUGACUUCAGAGUGAUUGGAGAGAAUGGCUUCCAUAUGUGCUUGGUAUUUGAGGCGCUGGGUCCUUCCCUGCAAUUUCUGUUGGGUAACUAUGCAGCCCAGGGACUGCCUUUGCCUUUUGUGAAAAAAUCUUUACAGCAGGUGCUAGCAGGCCUGCACUUCCUGCAUGGGCGCUGCCGGAUUAUCCAUGCAGACAUCAAACCAGAGAACGUGCUGCUGUAUAUUCAUGACAAAAACCUCCACAGGUUUCUGCUUGAUGGUGCUGAAUGUGGCCAGGGAACAGAUUUGAGGCUAAAGGCACCAGGAGGAGAUCCUGGCAAUCAACUGGAAGAUUCUGAUUUAAUGAGCAUGGAAGUGAAAAUUGCUGAUCUGGGCAGCGCAUGCUGGACCUAUAAGCCUUUUUCUAAGGAGAUACAGACCCAGCCAUACCGUGCCCUAGAAGUGCUGCUUGGAUUAGACUAUGGCACUCCUGCAGACAUCUGGAGCACAGCCUGCCUGAUCACGUUGCUUGCAUUAUUGAACUCCUGGGAAGAAUCCCUCCCCAGAUUGCUCUCUCCUGGAACAAGUCAACAGAGUUUUUCAGAAGGCCAGGUAAGAAUUAGCGUUGGGAAGUUUACCCUAAAAAUCACUGUGGAUCUCUGAUACAGUCCUACUCAGCUACCACUGAAAGCCACCAGAAGUUGUGUUAUACAGUGCAGGCUACAAGCAGGGACAGAACAGAAGUGGAGAUUUUGUAAAGUGCAGUAACACUUCCCACCCUGCCAGCUUUGCAGUCCAGGAGCAUUCCAGCAAUAAAAGCAAAUAUAAAAACCUCAGAAGUGGUCAUAGCAAAUAUCCAACAAGGAAGAGAUUUCUAUCCUUCCUCCUUUGGAGCUGGAGAGAAUGGAAAUAAGGACAGGAAACAGCUACAUGGCAGGAAAGCUGUGAGUGUGCAACUGGCUGGAUUUCACCCAUUCACUAGCAGAGAACAAUGAUGAAGAGGAAUGGGACACUCAUAUCCUCUUAUCCUUCCACUGGGGCUGCUAUAUUUAGUCUUCUGACCAAGCUGUAAUGUCUUUUCUGUUUAAGUCUCUCCAGUUCCUUUGACUCAUUAAGCUUGAAAUUGUUGUCUUUGACUUCAAGGCAUUACAUAACUCUAUCCUUCUGCAAUUUAGUACAUCCUCCUCCUCCUCCUCCUUCAUCUUAACCAGCCAUACAGCCUGUCUAGGUACAAUUCCUCUCAUGUUGCACACUAAUGCUGUGCUGUAGAUCAACAAGCACCUCCCUGCUCAUUCAGCUCCUUUGUUCAUUUAUUCCUUCUAUGGUGCUCAAAAGAUGAGUCAAAAACAGUCCUUGUUUUAUAUUCAUUCUCCGUGAGAACCAAACAGGCCUAGCCACACAUGCCUAACCUGAAUCACUGCAUUUACACCACAUACUCUGAGGGACAAGGCACACUUCCUGGUCAGUAUUGGCACCCUUAAUCCCAUGGAGCAAGCAGGCACAAAGCAAAUUAAACAUGAGUGGCUCCUGUCUGUGGCAACAAUGCAUUCUGGGCUGUGCACAGGCAGGCAGAAGGACCACAGGAAUUACUUUGGUGCUACUAUCCUGGGAACAUUUCACUUGUGCUUGAUGCGUUCACAUCUAAUAAGCGGUCCUGAAUGGAGGGGCCCCACACACUAACUUGUAAGGGUGAUUUUGAAGCACCAGAGAGUUAAGUAAGUUUAGAAGUGGGAGUGCAGAUGGAACUUAGACAUGAAGAUGCACGUGGAUUGAUCCUUCAGGAGAAGGUGGGUGAGUUGUGUGAGGGGAGGAGCAACAGCCUAUUGCUCUUCAGGGUGUAAUUAACGUAGUGUGCUUAUGCGCUCUCUGACAGGUGCUCUUCUGCGGAUCUCCAGGCUCAUUCCCCGCAGCCUCCACACCAUCCUGGCGGACAGGCUCAAGUGGAGAAAACACGAGGUGCCUCCAUUUACCAGCUUCCUCUUGUCGGCGCUGCGCUACGCCCCUGAGAAGC